AUGGCAUCUCACUCGUGGGUGUUACUACUGUUCGAUCUCGCAAUGUCCGGACGUGAAAAAGGAGGCAAGGAACUAGGCAAAGGAGGUGAUGCUGUCACCCACUGCGAGCAUGCCAAGAGAAAGACCGUCACCGCCAUGGACGUUGUCCACGCUCUGAAACGUCAAGGAAGUACUCUAUGCGGUUUCGAAGGACAAGAAGCUCUCGAUGCGAUUCCCAUCAAACAUCUUCACAUCUAA